GCUUCCACUCUUUCUCCUUCACUGAGUCUCUGCUCCUUCAACAAACACUCCGAUUCAUUUGCUCACAACUGCUCCUGCUUCCGCCCACUAUGGACAAAACAGCCACCGGCCCUUGGCGACACGAGCCGCCGCCGGUUCUUUCCUCCGCCGUCUACCGGCCGCCGGACACUCCACUCGAGCCGAUGGAGUUUCUCUCGCGGUCUUGGAGCGUGUCGGCUUUAGAAGUCUCCAAAGCUCUAGCUCUUCCUCGUUUCACUCUCUCUAAGCACCCCAACGCUGGAAAUGGCAUCGUCGCCGCCGUCGCUGGCGGCGGCGGUAGCGUCAUUUUGGAGGAUUUGACGAGCGAGCUUGAAGAGGGUACCACUUUUUCUGGAAACCCAUUUUCGUUUGCUUCUUCUGAAACUUCCCAGAUGGUGAUGGAGCGGAUUAUGUCACAGUCGCAAGAGGUUUCGCCGCUGACAUCCGGCAGACUGUCUCACAGCAGCGGCCCUCUCAAUGGAGCUCAAAGUUGUGGCUCAUUAACAGACAGUCCUCCCGUGUCCCCGUCGGAGAUCGACGACUUUAAGUGUGGCCGCUCGAACAUCCCUCUCAACAAUCAGUACAGAGUCACUGCCACUGGCGGAUCCACCACUGUUGGAGGCGGUAAAACUGUUGGGAGAUGGCUUAAAGACAGGAAAGAGAAGAAGAAAGAAGAAACAAGAGCUCAGAAUGCUCAGCUUCAUGCUGCUAUCUCUGUUGCUGGUGUGGCUGCAGCCAUAGCUGCUAUAGCUGCAGCCACUGCAGCUUCUUCUGGAUCUAACAAAGAUGAACAUAAAACCAAGACUGAUCUGGCUGUUGCCUCUGCUGCAACGCUUGUUGCUGCUCAAUGUGUCGAGGCAGCUGAAGCGAUGGGCGCCGAACGCGAUCACCUUGCAUCGGUUCUCAGCAAUGCCGUUAACGUCAAAUCCGCCGGUGAUAUCAUGACAUUAACAGCUGCUGCAGCUACUGCGUUACGUGGGGCGGCGACGCUUAAGGCGAGGGUGCUAAAGGAAAUGUGGAAUGUAUCAGCUGUGAUUCCAGUGGAUAAAGGAAUGAGAGUUGCUGAGAAUUGUAGCAAUGGCAAUUCCAAUAGUAGCUUCAGUGGUGAACUUGUCCCUGAAGAUAAUUUCUUAGGCAUUUGCAGCCGAGAGUUUCUCGCUCGAGGCUGCGAGCUACUAAAACGCACUCGUAAAGGUGAUCUUCAUUGGAAGAUAGUUUCUGUAUACAUAAACAGAAUGAAUCAGGUUAUGUUGAAGAUGAAGAGCAAGCACGUUGCUGGGACCUUCACAAAAAAGAAAAAGAAUAUCAUUUUAGAGGUGAUCAAAGACGUCCCGGCUUGGCCCGGACGACACCUCCUCGAGGGAGGAGAGCACCGUCGCUACUUCGGCCUGAAGACCGUGCUCCGCGGCGUCGUCGAAUUCGAAUGCAAGAGCGUAAGGGAAUACGACGUUUGGACUCAAGGCGUGUCUCGGCUGCUCGCCAUUGCAACCGAGAAGAGAGGAGGAGGAGGGAAGGGUGUGGCUUGAGGGGAGUGUCCUCUUUUUUUGUGUUCCUUUUGUAAAAAGAAGCUAGAUUAAAGGUAAAAAAAGGAAAAGGUUAGCCAAAUGGGUGUCUCUUUAAUGAUAUCAAUAUAAACAGAGGGCCCUUUUGGGUUGAAUUUGGAUGGUAAAGUAAAGGCCAAUUUGAAUGAAAGUGAGUCCAUGUUCACUCAA